AUGAACAUUCCUGUGCUUAUCAACCGCCUUGGGUGGACUGACAUUCUCCAAAAUCAGCACUUUGGCUUUCUUCCUGAGGCCGUCCGCAUGCAGCAGCUCAACAUUGACAUGUUCAACUACUUGAUCACUGUCAAUGUCGAGCUGCUGUCACUGCUCCUCGGGAUCCCUGUCAAUGGUUCCGAGGUCAUGGAUGCUGUCGACUUUCAAUCUGUGGGGUUUGAUGACACGACUGCCUUCAGUCGCUAUACCCAAGAUACCUGGAGGUAUUACCCGAAUAUGCUGUCAACUGGACGUCUUCCUGAUGAUCUGAAAGCUCAGUUCGUGCUUCGGAAAGUCGAUGCUUCUGUAGGACGUCGUCGCCCUCGAGUCAAUGCUCCCGGGGGAGGUGAUGCUGGUGCUGUAGUUCUUCAUUUUGAUGACGCUCUAAGCAUCGCAGAUCUAGUUGAUGAACCAGCAAGGCCUAGUAACACUAAGGAGCUUCCCUGUGAAGACGGUGAGUCCGAUGACAGCAACUCUGAAGCAGGAAUAUCAGACUAUAUGUCCUCGCCAUCCUAUCCAUUCUAA